UUUCUAAGUUUUGCGCUUGGCGUGAACAUUUAAAAACUCAAAAAACGUUGGUUACAAGAAAUUGGGAAGCAAUUUUGGCCGUUCUUUUGGCGCCUUAUUAUUAAUAUGAUGCCAGAAUAAAUCCAACUCUACCAGUCUUCCCCAUCCCAAAUUCUCCUUCUCUCCUGCAAUUUGCAAAUCAUCAAUUUAAAGCUAACUAUUCUCUCUUUCUCUCUCCAAAUUCAUCUUCAUCUUCACCAUAACAAUAACAAUAACAAUGACCUUCACUAAAAUUCCAAUUUCACCCUCAUCUCUUUGCCCUUGUUCUCGGAUAAACCCUGCUAAUCUCAUCAACUUACCCCCUAAAUCCUCCAAUUUCACCCUUGAACCCCUUAAUUUUACCCAUUUCCCCCUCAAAAACUCAAACUCAAACUCCCGUAAAAUACCCACCUCUAAAUUCACCUCAUUUUGUGUAUUGAAUUCAUACCCAGAUGAUAAACUUGAGACUUCCUCAAUUUAUUCAUCUGACCCUGAGGUUGUUUCUUUGAGAUUGGCAAGGUUGGUUUCCGAGUUCCGGUCGCUUUCGGAACCGAUUGAUAGGGUUAAGAGGCUUCUUGAUUACGCUGGGACUCUUCCUAGGCUCAGGGAUUCGACUCGAAAGCCGGAGAAUCGAGUCCCUGGUUGUGCUGCACAGGUGUGGUUGGAAGUGGAGAUGGAUGAGGUUGGUAGAAUGAGAUAUGGAGCGGAUAGUGAUUCCGAGAUUACUAAAGGCUUUUGUUCUUGUUUGAUCUUUUUGCUUGAUGGUGCUUAUCCUCAAGAUGUAUUGAAGGUUAAAGCGGAGGACUUGGCAGAUAUGAACGUAGGCCUCCCGGUGCGUUCGAGAGUGAAUAGUUGGCAUAAUGUGUUAAUCAGUAUACAGGAGAGAACUAAGAGGUUCCUUUUAGAGAAAGAUCAGGAAGUAUGCCAAUUGGAUACUUUUCUUCCUUUGGUUGUCCCUGCUGAUACUACAAAUAUUGUUAGAGGGGAGGUUUGUGUUCCCUGAUCUUUUGAACCUAAAUAACCUUGACGGUAAUUGGAAGAGAAAUAAUGAUUCAUAGCCGUGCUUUGUACAGACAGAGGCCUUACGACUGGUGGUAUGUAUUAAUUGGUAACAUUCAUGAUUCGGUCUCUUAUGGAAGCUUUAGCUAACUUCAUUUGACUGUCUAGCCAUCCUGAUACGAGAUGAUGUUCAUGUUAGUACUCAUGAUUAGCUUUCACCUCAAAUAAGUACUCGUGAUUAGCUAGAUCGAAUCUGUUUAAAAAAAAAAUUAGUUUUGAAACCCUGUAUUCUAGGUUUAGAAAAGACGUCUACCUUGGACUACUAGCAUUUACUAGGCAUUCGGUUCCCAUACUGUUGUAUACUGACUGGAUGUCUGUCUACGUUGUAGUACUGGCAUUCACUAGGCAUUUGGUUCCCAUAUUGUUGUAUACUAACCAGAUGUUUUCGUAGGAGACAUUACGUAUGCGGAAUGUAUUUGUAUAUAUUAUAGAUGUUAAAAGGGUUGAAUGUACUAUUAUGAACAAAGAUCAGAUGUGAAGGAUUACAAUGCCACUCUUUAACUUUCUUUUGUUUAUCCUUCACACUGAAAAAAGUAGAUAAUUGUGUUUUGUA